GCGGAUCACGAAUAAAUAUAGUGACUGAUUUUGUAUUAACCGCAUGGUAUAUGCUUUAAAAUUGUAUAUAUCACUUAAAUAUAAUAUUUCCUUUGCAAUAUGUUAAGAAGCCGUUUAUUUUAAGUAUAAUGUAAACGGAUAUUCAAGAGUGAUAUACUUGCCGAUAAAUAAGAUAUCACAAUAUGGCAGAGCAACAACAGUCACCUUCUGGCUUUAAACGUAUGUCUUUAGAUAAAAUUAUUGAAGCUAUGACUUCAGAUUUAGAAAAUUCUAAUGGUCAUUAUGUUCAAUUUGGUGUAAAUCCACAACAAACUACGUCUCAUAAUUGGGGAAAUUAUUCGUCAAAUCAAACAAGACAUUAUAUUGCUGGUCAAUCUUGUCAUUCUAAUCCACCCACAAUGCAAUCCAUGCCUCCAAUGGGUGCUCCUCUUUAUAUGCAAGAUAUGUCGAAUUAUUCAGAUUCAAUCUACUUUCCAUCUCAAGCAGUAAAUCACUUAGGUAUAAAUGAAAAUAAUGAUUUAAUUGGCACUGUAGAUGUUGGAAGAGGCAAUUAUAUUAAUGUAAUUUAUGGAAAUGCUUCACAAAUUAUGGCAGAACAAUGUCAGCUUUCAAAUAUGACAUCUUACAGAAAUCAAAACAUAAUUGAUCGAGAAUAUGGUCUUUUUAAUGAUCGACACAUGAAUGUACCAUCUGAAUUACCAACUCAAAAUUUUAAUGGAAAACAAUUAAUUGAGAAUUUGGUUGGUAAUUGGGCGCCAAACCAGUCUGGUACAUAUAGUCCCUUUGGUGGAUCUCCAAAUGUAACCCCAGUACUGCAACCAAACAUAGAUAUUAGAGAUCCUGAAGAAUUGCCUAGAAAUUCAACUGACUUUCAACAUAAGAAACCUCGUAUGGUAGCGGAAGUUAAACCUAUGCGACCCUCUUAUUCUGAUGUUCUAACAAAAUCUGCUCCAACACCUCCAUCUCCUCUAACAGUUCAAUCUAUAAAACCCAAAACAGAAUCUGUAAAUAAGAAGGUUUCUAAUAAAAAUUCAAAGAAUAAAUCUAAAUCUACAACAUUAAAGAGACAAAAUUCAUCUGGUAGUGAUGAUCACAAUUCCCCAAAAAUACAAAUACCACGAAAAGUAUUAGAAAAAAAUAAUUCGAACCUCCCAAGACGCUGGGUAUCAUUAGAUAAUCUUGGUUCACCAACUGAAGUUCAUGAAAUAAAUAGUUUUGAUAGAUCAAACCAAUUUGAAAAGAAAAAAGUUUCUAAAAUAUCUAAGAAAGCAGAAAAAGGAGAGAUGCUUAAUAAUUCAAAAGUUCAAAAUAAUAAUCCUAAAUCUACUGGAAAUAUUCCUAAACGUCCCAUACAAAUAAAUAAUAAUUUAAAUAUAAUAAACACUUCCAGUGAAACUAUUUAUUCUGAAAAAAUAGAGAAAAAUCAACAGGUUGUGAAUAAAGUAAAUAAAGAAGAAAAAAAGGUAACCAAGGAAAAGAAUUCUAAACGUUUUCAAGUUGAAAAAACACAAAUUAAAAAGGCUCAAAGAAAUCGAAGAAGAGAAAAUAGGGAAUCACCAGUCAAAGAUUUAUAUAAAAACUUAAAUAAAUAUGCUACCCAUUGGAUUAAAAUUGGAUUAAAAAUAUUUCAUUGGUUACUACAUCUAGUAUCUGAUGUAGUUAGCAUGAGUGCUAAUCUUAUGAUUCUUCUUGGAAAAUGUGGAUGGUAUCAUACUAUACUAUAUUUAAAAUAUUUAUGGGUUUAUAUGGCUAUGACAUUCUCAAAAAUUCGUAUUUUGAAUGCUAUUGGCAAGCAAUUGGAUAAUUGGUUUGGUAAUAGUAAAUUUGCGUUUUGGCGUAAAAUAAAAACUAAAAAUGAAGAAAAAGAAGAAAAUAGUAAUUGGAUACAUGGUGGUCUUGAAGCCAAUAUUGCAUUACCUAGCACUGGUGAAGAGGCUAUGAAAAGAUUAUUAGCUUGUAAAGGAAAGGAUCCCUACAGUAUACUUGGUGUUACGCCAACAUGUUCAGAUGAUGAUAUUAAAAAGUAUUAUAAGAGACAGGCCUUCUUGGUUCAUCCAGAUAAAAAUAAUCAGCCUGGUGCGGAAGAAGCAUUCAAAAUACUUGUACAUGCAUUUGAUAUAAUUGGUGAACCGGAACGUAGACAAGCAUUUGAUCAAACUAGACAAGUUGAAGCAGCUUGGGGUGUAUUAAGUGAUUUACUCUCUCAACUUCACAGAAAGAUGGAACAGGCAGCAAAUACAAUAAGAUGUACAAAUUGUGGUUUAAGGCACAAAAGAAUUCCAACACAACGUCCUUGUUAUGCAGCAAGAUAUUGUGCUCAAUGUAAAAUACGUCAUGGUGCAAAAGAAGGAGACAUUUGGGCAGAGUCUCGUUUAAUGGGCUUUCUUUGGCAUUAUUAUGCCUGUAUGGAAGGAGCAGUAUAUGAUGUCACAGAUUGGGCAGCUUGUCAAGCUGGUAAUUUAAAACACCUAAGAGCAAAUACACAUAGUGUUCAGUAUAGAAUUGUCUUAGGUCAACGACCACCAUCACGAACGGCUAAUAAUGGUAAAAGACGCCAACAAAUAGAUCCAAAUACCAGUGAGGCAGAUUUUGAGAACUUUUUAAAAAAGUUAUACAAUCACACCAAGACCGGAAAUUCAAGUCCACCAAAUCAAAGUUCUUUUGGAGGGGACUGUAAGCGUCGUAAAACUAAACAUAUCAACCAAGAUGAGUUGAUUCUUCAACAACAAAGACGUAUCGAAAUGGAGAUUUCUGAAUCCAUUGCUUUGGUUGGAGAGAAAGAAUCCAUAAAAAGUUUGGAACGUGAAUACUCUGAAGAUGAAAUAUACCUUUCGAAAGCUAAAGCAUUAGGUCAAAAAUAUUCAUAUAUUAGGAGAACUAGACCAGAUGGAAAUUGCUUUUUUAGAGCCUUUAGUUAUGCAUAUCUUGAAAAGUUAAUUGGAAAUAAAGAGGAAUAUGAAAAAUUUCGGGAACUUGCAUUAAAAAGUAAAGAAAGUUUGGUAGCAUUAGGUUUCCCCCAAUUUACAGUUGAAGAUUUUCAUGAUACGUUUAUGGAUGUAAUUGAUAAAGUAGGAGAAGAUACAGAGUCAAGCUAUAUUGAAUUACAUAAACUUUUCAAUGAACAAGGAUGUUCUGAUUAUGUUGUUGUAUAUCUUAGAUUAAUUACCUCUGGUCAAUUACGGCUUGAAGCUGAUUUUUAUCAGCAUUUUAUUGAAGGAGAACGUACUGUUUCAGAGUUCUGUCGUCAAGAAGUGGAACCAAUGUACAAAGAAUCUGAUCACAUUCACAUUAUAGCUAUGAGCACUGCUUUAGGAACUGGUGUACGUGUUCGUUAUAUGGAUCGAGGCGCUGGAACUGAAGUAACUGCACAUGAUUUCCCUGAAGGUGCAACUCCAGCUGUUCAUUUAUUAUAUCGCCCUGGUCAUUAUGAUAUUCUAUAUCCUUGAUAAAUCACACAUUUAACUGGCACAUAACUUUUUAAAAAAUCUCACAACAAAGAUUAAUUAUUUAGCAAAUUAUAUCUUGUGUACGCAAUCAAAACUCAUAAAAUUUUUGUUUGGUUAGAUGUAACAUUACAAUUGUAAGUAAUUAAUUUAAGCCUUAUAGAAUAUUCAAUAAAAUUAUAAAAUUUUAUGUAAAAAAA